AUGAGUUCUGAUGGCACAUUAUGGAGUGAGAAGAUGAAGACGCUCCAGGUGCGUUGUAGAGCGAAGUACGAGUAUCGUCAAGGCCGUGAACCGCCAGCAUUCACGAGGUUGUCGGAAGUUCUGGCUUUGGUUGUUGGUCCGCAGGUUAAGGAAGAGGUCGUUGGCGACCAGGCCAAUCUGCCGGAAGAUGCAGAUGCGGGAAGGACGGAGCCAGAGAUUGAGAGGGAUGCGCAAGUGAAGCAAGAGUUCGCUGAUGGUGCGACUGCUGAGCGAAGACCUGCCGAUGCAGUCCGGGUGAAGCAGGAGUUGAGAGAGGUGCAAGUGAAGCAAGAGACUCGAGAUUGA